AGCUGCGCGUGCUGUCUCUGGAGAUUGUUUUGGGGAAGUUCACCUGGCUGUUGCUGAUGGAGACCAGACAACAAGAAUUGUACUCUAGUGUUCUGGGUGAAACAGUUUUGGACUGGGGCAGCGGAGAGGAAUGGGUUAACUCAUCCACACAUGAGAGAGAGCAUGACUCUGAUAAAAAGAAGUCAAAUGGUGAAGAUUUGGCUGCAGUGGCCCAAAAUGGGACAAAUGUGGCAGGAUGCAGUAAAACUCUCCCAGGAGAUGAUCCCAGGGGUCAGACAUCAAAGUCCCAGUCUGACAGCUGUGUCAUGUCCACCACUUGGGACAUGCAACUGGACCGCAGAGAGAGAGGACGUCUCAGAGCAGGUUAUCGGGACUCUGAGCCCCUAAGAGAGGCUGAUGAAGAUUUGGUGUCUGAAGUCAACUUAAACAACACAAUCAUGACAGAAGAGGAGAGACAGGAGAUUCAGCAAGAAUUAACCAAAUUGGAAGAGGAGAUCAGCACGCUGAAGCAGGUUUUGUCAUCCAAAGAGAAGCAGCAUGCAGAUCUCAAACAGAAACUGGGCCUCAACCCGCUGAGUGAGCUCAAGAACAACUUCAGCAGAGGCUGGCAUGACAUGCAGUCCUCAACGGCCUAUAAGAAGACGUCAGAGACUCUGUCCACAGCAGGUCAGAAAACUUCAGCAGCCUUCAGCACACUCGGCUGCGCCAUCACCAAGAAGUUUGGAGACAUGAGCUACUCUAUCAGACACUCUAUGAGCAUGCCCGCCAUGAGAAAUUCUCCCAGCUUCAAGUCUUUUGAAGAGAAAGUUGAGAGCACUGUGUCCACUAUCAAGACAAAGGUCAGUGGUCCAGAGACCGGCGGCAGCUUUGAGGACGUCCUCUCUUCUGCAGCGAACGCCAGCUCCCAGGACACACCCAGCAGCCCCACGACGGACAGCACCGAGAAGACGUGUUAGAGCAGCAGCUGUAGCAUGAGGCGGGACUUAAACCAAGAACUCUGGUCACUGCUGGAUCACAGCACAUAUCAAAACAAGGCUCAUACUGAUAACCUACUUUUAUUGGAUCACAUAAGAGUCUCCCUUCAUACAGCAAAAAGCACUAAUACAACAUAAUAGAUAAUGUACGUCAUUCACUCCAAAUCUGUAAAGUUUCAACCCUUUUUAAUAUGAACAAGUAACAACAAAAAUCUCUGUUCACUCCAAAGCAUUUUCAAUAACACAGAUAUGGUAUGUCAUAUAAAAGAAAAGGAGAGAAGAAGGUCAAGCUUUUGUCAAAAUUGUAUGAAAUUAAUGAAGUCAGCUAUGGGCCUGAAAAAAAAAACUCAGCUGCUUUAAUUCCUCCAACUUCAAACAAAAGGCUAUGACGCUAACAAAUGUGAAAGUAGACAUGUCUCACUUUCAUCACAUCUAGACUAAAUACCAAAAAAGAUCACAAAAUGUUUUGGUUAUUUUUUAGACCGUUAAAGAUGUUUCAAUGAUGUUCUUCUUUUUCCUAAAAUGUUUUUAAAAAGUGCUGAAAAGCAAAGUAGUAGUCUUGGGUAAAACUGUAAACUUGUAGAAUUCACACUAAGAGGCUCUUCUGGCAUCUUAAGCUUCCUUUGUGGGCUAACUUUGCUGUAAUACUUGUACUAAAUACUGUUUUUGAGACACAUAUGCAAAUAUACUGUACACAUUUUUGAUGCUGGAAGUUUGGGAUGAAUUGCUUUAUCAGGGGCAGCACUCGCUUGUUGCUGCAUGGGCAAAUGGGCAAAUACAGGGUUUUUGUAUAAAUGUAACAACAGAGUAGCAUUAACCUGUCUAUCAUGACAGGGUAGAAAGAGGAAGUCACAGACUGUGAUUGAGCACAUGAGACAAUCAUGAAUGAAGUUAAUUAAAAACACUGAAACAGCUCAACAAAAAAGGCCAAGAAGUCAUUUCUUAAAGUCACCUGUUCUAAUUAUUAGGAGUCAAUAUUGACAGAAAAUCUUCAACUGAUGUAUGCAAAGUAUGAAGCAUUUCUGUGACACCAUACUGUGGCUGCAGCACGGCUGUAAAUCAAUUCUUAGUGUAGCAAGAUCCGCUUUUUCAGUUUCCUUUCAGAACCAAACCAUUAAUCUUGAAUAGAAAGGAUGGAAACCAUUUAGCACCUCUAUAUAAAAACAACUGUACAUUUUUAACUUUCCAAAGCCUCUGAUGCAAACAUCUGCCAUGAAACUGUCACUCUGAUCCUAAUCUACAAUCUUUUAUUGUGUUUUAAUUUCUCAUUUUUGUCUUUGUUGUGUUAAAGAUUAUGUCUUUGCUGUGGUUUGACAAGAUGCCCUUCAUCAUUUCAUGUUCUGCCGCCCAUUCAGGAAGUGUAUUUAUUCAGUACUAAAAGACAGAUCUAAUGCAGUAACAACUGUUCGGUCCAUAUUUGUCAUGUACAUUUAACGUCAGUAGAUUUUUUUUUUUGAAGAUAAAUGUUACAUCGAGUUAAAAAAAACGUGUUUAAAAAAUCUGUAUUAACUGAAAACAUACAGUUCUAGAUAACUGUGCUCAUGGCUGAUGUAUGAAUAUUAAAGAAUUUCAAUCAACUCCAACAAGACAAAUUAUUGAUUGUAGAAGAAACAAUGAACGGAUAUGGUAAAACUGAAGUAAUACAACCCACAAGAGCAACAGUAUAUGUAUUUGUUUUUGAACUUUUUCAGCAACACUGACAACCUGAUUUUGACUACAAUAAAAUAAAAAUACAUUAAUAACAUAUUUUGAAGACUGUAAAAUCAUACUGCAUCAGAGUAAAACACUACAAACUUUUCUGAACAGUCAGUACAAAGUGACUUGAAAAGUGUUAUAAAAUGUCUUUGUCCAAGGAUUUCAGCCUGUUUAUGUCAAGAAAAUGUAGCAGUUAAAAAUUAAAAACAGUCAAGAAUUAAAGGGGCAGAUUUCAACCACCUGUGAGCAGCCAGUGUGAGCCAAAAAUACUCUAGCCUCAUUU